GUCGGAUCAGAUAUCCCUCAAACAACGAGAACUCUGGUCUACUUUCCUGCCUUGAUAACGUAAAACGUAUACCCAUCACAAUAUUUAUUUCAACAUCUAGAUUAUACCAAUAAUCUACUCCACACCAAGCACUCAUCAUACCCGGUUCUCUAUCUUAAUUCAAUACCCCUUUCAACAAACUCCUGCGUCGAGUCUCUCCAUAUAUCUUUCACGAGUCCAUUUUCUGCUCUAUUCCAGCAUUUUACAUUAGGCGAACAUUUGGUUCUUUCUUGAUCAGCAACCUUCACUUAGACUUGCCUCUACAAGGUGUACUUGCUUGUUGAACAUUAAGCGAUAUAUAUAUAUUCUAUCAUGUGUUAUUGGAAAUAUGUAACACAUAGUUGCAGCCCGAAGCAUCGAUCGAAUGGGCAGCCAAGCGAAUUCAGAUACGGCCCCAAGAGGUGUGAAGAAGCACUGGGAAUCUACCGAGAUCGCUAUUGUUUGCCUAUAGUAGAACCAACACCUGAAGAGAAAGCUGCUACACUCGAAGCUAGAACUGAUAAAUGUCUCGACUGUCGAAGAACCGAAGCAGAACUGCGAGCGGGCUUGCGCCUGUGUGAGGAGAUGUCAGAGGUAGGAAAUGAGAAUAUCGAUGCAUUGAAGGCAAUGAGAAAGUGAUUUUGGACUGAGAGAUGAUUUUAGGAGAUGUAUGCGUGUAAGAUAGUAGGAUUUCACGGAUGGGAAUAGUGGCGUUUGAUGCAUGGACAUAAUAUAAUCUAGAUAGCCUGAACUUUAGAAAAUAUGACUUUGUCUUACCA